AUGCCAAACUCAGUGUCCAUACCACACGGAUUGACCAACACAUCCACGAGCAAAAGGAGUUUCCUGGACUUCACAAUCAACAAGAAGAAACAUCAACAACAUAUCCAGAAUGCACAGAAUCAACAGAUGGCCAAGGACAAUCAGGAGGAGUUGGAGAGACUGAGGGAAAGGGUCAGCCAACUGGGUGCCGCGAAUGAGAAACACUCGCGCGAUAGACACAGGAAUGAUGAGGAGGUCGAGACGUUGAUCGCAAAGAACAGGGAUCUUGCUCAGAAGAAUGAUUGCUUGAUGAACUUGCUGCGGGACUACCAGAGAGACAACGAGUUGCUGCGAAAGACCAUCGAGGAAUUGACUUCUGUUGGAUAUCAGGAUGCUGUGCAGGAGGAGGAUGGGGCACAGGACCAAGAUGGUGCCGACACAACUUCGACGACGAAUGACCAGACAGUGAUGGUGGAGGACGCCAUCGCUUCGAUCGAGGAUGCCAUGACCUUUAUAUUCACCAACCAACAUCCAAGACAAUUGCUGAGGAAUAGGAGCUUCAUCCUGGAGAAGAUUGAGACAGUUGUUGAGCCACGCGAACUACAAUAUCCAUCGUCAUCAUUGCAAACUAUUGAGGAGAAGGAGCGCAAGACCAUCGUGACCUUUAGCAAUCUACUCAGUGCCAGCAUGAAGAUGCCAUCGCCCAUUCAAUCACCUCGAUCGCCCCUCGUCAAGUCCUCUCCAAGAUUCCCCGCGCCAGUAGUGUCAUCGGGCACAUCCUCGCCACAGAUCACCAUCGUCCAGGCACCGGUCAUCCAGUCCUCUCACCCCUCGCCAAGUUCAUCAGCCAUGUCCACUCCCAAGUCAAUGUCGGAACUCAACUCACCUUGCUCAUCAUCCAUCAUCGACUCGCCCGAUCUAUCCAUGUUGAACAGCUCUUUCGGCACGCCUAUCCGACCGCACCUCUCCCCGCACAGCCGCACCAAGUCUCUGAUCAUGGCGGUGAACAGUGGAGGGGGCAGCUUCCCCUCGAGAAAGGGCAGUAGCGAGGACCUGUCGCUCUCGCUCAACAGUGCCACGUCGUCACCAGACAGCAAGCUAAACAGGAAAUUCAACACAGUAGGUGCCAGCAAGCUUAUGUUCAGUAGCAAUGGCAUUUGUAAUGGUGUUGGCAGUGGUAGUGGUGCAGCGUUACUCAGUCCAGGUGGAAGUAUAAACAAGAGAGCAUCAAUACUUGUACAAGGAUCCAAGAGUAUAAUAUCAUCGUACCAACCAUUAUCAACAUCAUCACGACCUGUACUCAAGACACCGUCCAUGCCAAUCAGUCCACAAUUCGAUCCAGUCAAACAUUUCAAACAACCAACCGAGUUGGAAUCAUUGAAGAAGUCAUUCAAGCUGUGA